UUUCAACCAUAGCCAGCACAACAGUUUUCUAUUCUCUAUAUAAAUAGAUAGAUAUAUAACAGAUCACUUGUUUCACUCCAAAUCUCAAUAUAGCUACCAUAUAACAUGAAUAUCUCUAUUUGGCUAUUGACUCUCUUUACUAUCAUUUAUGGUAUUCUUCCUAUUGAAGCUACUCACCAUGUUUUCAGAAACCUUCAAAGUUUAUCUUCUCAUGAUUCCUCCAAUGAUCAACCUUAUAGAACUUCUUAUCAUUUCCAACCUCCCAAAAAUUGGAUAAAUGAUCCUAAUGGACCAAUGAGUUACAAAGGACUUUAUCAUCUAUUCUAUCAAUACAAUCCUAAAGGUGCAGUUUGGGGAAAUAUUGUGUGGGCACAUUCAGUAUCAACUGAUCUUAUUAACUGGACCCCACUAGAUCAAGCCAUCUCUCCAUCUCAACCGUCCGAUAUAAAUGGUUGUUGGUCAGGAUCAACCACAAUACUUAAUGGUACCAAACCAGCAAUUUUGUACACUGGAAUUGACCAAUUUAACCACCAAGUUCAAAAUUUGGCCUACCCCAAAAAUUUAUCUGACCCUUUUCUUAGGGAUUGGAUUAAGUCAAAAAAAAAUCCAGUAAUGGAACCAACUAGUAUUAAUAUGAUUAAUGCAAGUUCAUUUAGGGACCCAACUAGUGGUUGGUUAGGAAAAGAUGGACAUUGGAGGGUAAUUGUUGGUAGCAAAAGGGACACUAGGGGAAUUGCAAUUUUAUAUAGGAGUAAAGAUUUUAUUAAUUGGAUUGAAGCUAAACACCCUUUGUAUUCAUCUAAGGGCACUGGAAUGUGGGAGUGUCCUGAUUUUUAUCCUGUUUUGAAAUUUAGUUCAAUUGGUGUUGACACAUCAUUGAAUAAUGAUGAUGUUAGGCAUGUGUUGAAGGUUAGUUUGGAUGAUAAAAAGCAUGAUUAUUAUCUUAUUGGGAGUUAUGAUGAUGGAAAAGACAAUUUUGUCCCUGAUAAAGGGUUUCAGAAUACUAGUGAAUUUUUUUUGAGAUAUGAUUAUGGAAAAUAUUAUGCCUCAAAAACUUUCUUUGAUGAUCAAAAGAAUAGAAGGAUUUUGCUUGGUUGGGUCAAUGAAUCAUCAACUGUUGCUGAUGAUAUCAAGAAAGGAUGGUCUGGAAUCCAUACAAUUCCAAGGGCUAUUUGGUUGCACAAGUCAGGCAAACAGUUGGUACAAUGGCCAGUUGUGGAAGUUGAGAAGCUAAGAGUAAAUCUUGUCAACUUGCCCCCCAAAGUUCUCAAGGGAGGUGAAUUGCUGCAAAUUAACGGUGUCACAGCAGCACAAGCUGAUGUUGAAAUUUCAUUUGAAGUGAAUAACAUUGGAGAGGCUGAAGUUUUGGACAAUUGGACAGACCCUCAAAUUCUGUGUAGCCAAAAGGGUUCAUCAGUAAAAAGUGGUUUGGGACCCUUUGGUCUAUUAGUUUUUGCUUCAAAGGGGUUGCAAGAGUUCACAUCAGUGUUCUUUAGAAUAUUCAGAUACCAACACAAAAAUUUGGUGCUCUUUUGCAGUGACCAAAGCAGGUCUUCCUUGAAUAAAGAUAAUGACAUGACCACUUAUGGGACUUUUAUAGACGUGGAUGUUGUUCACGAGAAGCUGUCAUUGAGAAGUUUGAUUGAUCACUCUGUGGUAGAGAGUUUUGGAGGAGAAGGAAAAGCAUGCAUCACAGCCAGAGUUUAUCCAACAUUAGCCAUCAAUGAUAAAGCACAACUUUAUGCUUUCAAUAAUGGAACUACUGAUGUCAAGAUCAACAGAUUGAGUGCUUGGAGCAUGAAGAAAGCACAGUUAAAUGGAAAUUAAGCAGAAAGGAAGAGUGGAUUAUUUUAUUUCAAAUAGUGAAAGUUAAUUUUGAGUUCUUUCUAUUAAAUAUAACUUGAAAUAUCAUUAAUGUGACACUGUGUAAUGAUUAAUAUAUAUGACAUUCAUAUAAUACAAAUUGGAUAAAAAGAUGGGAAAAACAUUUGUUUGUUGUGACUUUGUCUA